AUGCUUCAUUAUCAUCAUCAUCAUCAUCAUCAGCAGCAGCAGCAACAACAACAACAGCAACAACAACAACAACAACAACAACAACAACAACAACAACAACAACAACAACAACAACAACAACAACAUGUUGCUGAUAAAGAAAAACUUAUUGUUGAUAAUACUUCAACUAUUAUUUCUGUUUCAUCAUAUAAAAGCAUUUUUUGA